ACCGGAACGACAGCGUGCAGUCAGGGUUGACCUCAAAAUUCCUUUGCGACUUUCGUGUUGCCCUUACGGUAAAACAUGGCAGUGUUAGCUAGAAGGUUCUGGCAACUUCUUGUGCGUGAACUUAUUAUUAGAGAAGGCAGCCCUGCGGACUACUAGAACCAUUCCACGGGCCAGUAUCGUGUUUAUAACAUUUUAAAGUCCAAAUCAAGAUGGCAGAAGGAAGGCAAAACAGGAGAUAUCCUCAGAAUCUUCAGGGAGUUCUACACUUGGCAAUUGACGCCGGCUCUGUUGCAGAGGAACCUGCUGCCGUUGAAGCCAUGUCACAAGAGAGGAGUUCUUGGCUCAGGGAGGCUCUUGCAGACGUCUGCAAAGGCCAGAUGGACGAAGUGGAGCAGAUGAAGCAGUGCUUGGCUGUCCUGAACCAGGAGGAAGUGAAAGGAGAGGAGGACAGGAAUGAGGACGAAGAAGAUGAGCGGGAAUCCGCCUUUGAGGUGCUGUCAGAACUGUGUGAGAACCUCGACAACGCCAGAGAUCUGAUGGUUCUGGGAGGGCUGGACCUGUGUGUCUCCAAGUAUUUGGGUCACGCCCAAAGUGGGCUGCGGUGGCGCGCCGCUCAGCUCGUUGCUUCCUGUGCUCAGAACAUGCCGCAAGUGCAGGCCCACCUGCUGAAGAUCAGCGCUUUGCCCAAACUUCUCCAGCUGACAGACUCGGACCCCCACCCCAAAGUCCGAGUGAAAGGCCUUCAUGCGGUCUCAUGUCUGGUGCGAGAGCAGGAGGCGGGGUUGGCGGCGUUUCUGUCCCACGAUGGCUUCUCAGUGCUGAUGAGAGGCAUGCAGUCUGCCAACCAGAAGCUGCAGACCAAGUCGGCUUUCCUUCUCCUUAACCUUCUCACGUCACAUCCUGAGCACAAAGACACGGUGAUCUCCAUGGGGAUGGUCCAGCAGCUGGUCUCGGUGCUGCGUACUCCACACUCGCCUUUUCAUGAGCACGUGCUUGGCGCCCUUUGUUGCCUCGUGGUAGACUGUGAGAAAGGCUUAAAAGACUGCAGGGAUCCAUCUCUCAAUCUCGAAGACUUACUGCAACUGCGAGCCAGGGCACUCCAAGGCAAAGAUGAAAGUCAGGAAGAACUGGAAUUCUGUGAGCGCCUGAGGACGGCUUGUUUCCGUGGACACCAGUCAGACGAUCAUGGAAUGGACCGCUGACCUGUGACGUGUUUUUAACACUUUGAUUUUGGUGCGUUAAUAUUUAACACGGACAUUCACGAUCAGGAUUUUAUCACGGAAGCUUUUGUUGGUUUCACAAGUCAAAGCUCAUUUCUGCAUGUAAUUAAGGACACUAUCUCUUCUGUAAAUGAGGACUUCAAUCAAUCAUCUUUUAUAAAAUGCUAGAAUUUCAGUCGUGCGUAAAAACAAGACUCACACAUAUGGAUAUGGUAAAUGUUCUUUUGUUUAUUAUUAAGAAAACAAACAGUAGUCUUGUUACUCAUAUGAUCAGUUCUUAGGACAUCUCACACAAAUACUGUCUGCAUUUUACAAUAAGUCAUUGACAGAACACAACUAUUCCAAAAUAACUGAUCAGUCAAGGUUUUUCCCAAAAAUAGGAAAUAUUAAAAUAUACACACAUUUCAAGCUGUCAUUGAGUUAGCCAGUAGUGUAUCUUGAUGCAUGUUUAGCUAUUCCUUGUCCUCCAGUGAUAAUGAACUUGUAAGAAACAUACUUUGUCACCACGGAGGCGAGGGUUAGUGAUUUAGAAGUAGCUCGUACACUGCCAACUGUGGAUGGGUGCUAGCUGCUCGCUAGCCAGCCAUGUCUUAAAGCACCUCUUCCUGAGGGUGUUUCAGGGUUAUAACUUCACCUUUUAUCUUUACUUUUUAAGCCAAAAUGCGUCCGUUCUCCCUUUUCUGUCUACACACUGUGUCUGCUUGUAAGUACUCUGUGUGUGUGUGUGUGUGUGUGUGUGUGUGUGUGCGCUGCCGAACAUGCUCCUCUGCUCGUAAAACCAGCAAUGUGUCGGCGCGCCGUCAUGCCCGUUAAAAAAAAAAUGGGGAACUGGUACUUUUCAAACUGAGUAUAGUACCGUUUUUGAUUCAUUAGUACCGCGAUUAUAUACUUGUUCCGGUAUUGUCAUGUCUGUGUAAUCAUGUUUUGUUUUAAGUCAUGUUUUGUUUAGUUAUAGGACUCUU